AUGAAGAUAGAAGCCGCCAGGGACGCAUUCAUCAGCGACUACGAGGUCCUCAAAUUUAUGUCCCAGCUCCAAAGAAAACACAACUGGCUUUUCGAUGACACCGACAAGAAAACUACAAAAAAAACCAAACAAUACAACCAUCCAGAGCUGGAGUCCAUCACCAGAGAUUUAGUAAACUACCUGACCACAAACAAAAACCCAGACCCGGAGGACCCGGAAACGGGAACCACCCGCCCUGCCAAAGCUGGCAUCACAAAACUAAAUGACGCCACUUUUACAAAACUAAUGCAUGCGCUAAACCAGCUGGCCCUCUUCAAAGCUGAAAAACUGCAGAUCGUCAACCAACUCCCAACAAACAUAGUCCAUCUCUACUCCAUCGUCGAGGAAUGUGACAACCGUUUCAGCGAAGACCAAAUAAAAACAAUCCUCCUUGCUGUUCAGGAAGCCGCCCAACUGUAA